GGUACACUUCACGUCCGUUCUCACUCCCACUUUGAAACCAAAUUUGUCAUCGGUAACAAGUGCUUAAAAAUUGUGAAAGGACGGAACUUUAAGUCUUAUUAAACUCCACGAAGCAACAAAAGAUGCAAAAAUGAAACAAACUGCGUAGUUAGCAAGUUAUAUUUAGCGCCUCACGCGUUGUUGUUUUUUUUGCGGUAAUCUUGGCUCACGUUAGCCAGCUAAAAUGAGACCUGAAUCAUUGCCCAGAGAACAGGCUGUCAGGAUACCGAGCUACUCCGAAACUGGACCUGCACCCGGGAUGACAAAAGAGACUAAGACUGAACACAUAAAAAGGGAAUGUAAAGAGUGAAGUUCCAGUGGACAGACACGGGAUGUGGCGUGGUGAUCUGCUUCUCCGGACACCUGGCAGAUGUGAAUGGAGAGGGGACUCUACUGCUGAGCUGGCACCUGGUACUGUAAACCCAGUCACACCUGAGAUGAUGCAGUCCUAGUUGUUUCUCUGUGGAGCAUCAUACUCUUCUGAAGGACUGUGUCAGCAAUAAUGUGAAGGCUGCCAAAUGCACAACAAAAUGACGGAUUUGGGAGCGCCGGAGAUGCAGCUGAUGAGGAGGAGGCUGAACGUGAAGAAGACGGGCAGGCUGAGACGCGACCUCCCGCUUCUCCUCCUGCUGGGGCUCCUCUUCGGGGAUUUCUCCUCGUCCAAGGCUGAAUCCUGUGGUGGAGUAGUCCAAGGACUGAAUGGUACCAUCGAGUCGCCUGGUUUCCCCCAUGGCUAUCCCAACUACGCCAACUGUACGUGGCUGAUUAUAACAGGGGAGAGGAACCGGAUCCAGCUAACCUUCGUCACGCUAGCGCUGGAGGAAGACUUUGAUAUUGUAUCAGUUUACGAUGGACAACCAUCGCCGGGCAACUUAAAAAUGAGGUUGUCAGGAUUCAUGCUGCCCUCCCCUAUAGUCAGCAGUGGAUCCAUAUUGGCCUUGUGGUUUACCACCGACUUUGCAGUCAGUGCACAGGGCUUCAAAGCAGUAUACGAAGUCCUGCCCAGCCACACAUGUGGUACCCCCGGCCUCAUUCCAAAUGGAGUCAUCCACGGCUCACGGUACAACAUGGGGGACAAGAUCCGGUACAGCUGUGAGUCAGGUUUUGUAUUGGAGGGACACAGUAUCCUCACAUGUAUUGUAUCACCUGGCAGUGGAGCACAGUGGGACUUCCCAUCACCUUUUUGUAGAGCGGAGGGAGCGUGUGGGGGUACAUUAAGAGGCACCGCGGGUUCAAUAACCAGCCCUGGGUACCCUGCAGAGUAUGAAAACAACCUGGACUGUACAUGGUCAAUCCUCUCUGAACCCGGUGACACCAUCGCUCUCGUCUUCAACGACUUCUUAUUAGAGGACAAAUACGACUUUCUGGAAAUCAGCGGGACAGAAGCACCGAGCAUAUGGCUGACUGGUACAACGCUGCCCUCACCAGUGAUAUCCAACAAGAACUGGCUUCGGAUACAUUUCACCUCAGACAGCAACCACAGAAGGAAAGGAUUCAGCGCUCAGUAUCAAGUGAAAAAAGCGAUAGAGUUGAAGUCCAGAGGGGUGAAGAUGAUGCCCAGCAAAGACUCCAGUCACAAAAAUGCUGUCUUGAGUCAAAGCGGCCUUGCUGGUGACGUUUGUCCAGAUCCUGGAGUACCAGAAAACGGAAAGAGGAUGGGCUCUGCUUUCCAAGUUGGCUCCAGCGUCCAGUUCAGCUGUGAUGACAGCUAUGUACUACAAGGUUCUAAAAGUAUCACCUGUCAACGAGUCACUGACACACUGGCAGCCUGGAGUGACCACAGGCCCAUCUGCAGAACACGUACCUGUGGCAGCAACCUAAGGGGGCCCAAAGGGGUCAUAACUUCUCCUAACUACCCCGUGCAAUAUGAGAACAACGCACACUGUGUGUGGGUCAUCACUGCAAUGGACUCUGGGAAGGUGAUAAAGCUAUCAUUUGAAGAGUUUGACCUGGAAAGAGGAUACGACACACUGACUGUGGGAGAUGGAGGGAAGAUAGGAGACACUCGGAGAGUACUCUAUGUGCUAACUGGCUCGAGUGUCCCUGACCUCAUCGUAAGCUUGUCCAAUCAGAUGUGGCUUCACCUGCAGUCAGAUGACACAAUCGGCUCAGCUGGGUUCAAGGCAGUCUAUGAAGAGAUCGACCGAGGAGGCUGUGGAGAUCCUGGGGUGCCGGCAUUCGGUCGUCGUAGCGGUGAUCGCUUUCAGCAUGGUGACGUGUUGACCUUCUUCUGUCAGUCGGCCUUUGAACUAGUGGGAGAGAAGACUAUCACAUGCCAGCACAAUAACCAGUGGUCUGGCAACAAACCAAGUUGUAUCUUCUCAUGUUUCUUCAACUUCACGGCUCCAUCAGGGACUAUAUUGUCCCCAAACUACCCAGAGGAAUAUGGGAACAACCUGAACUGUGUUUGGUUGAUAAUCUCUGAACCAGGAAGCCGCAUUCACCUCCUUUUCUCAGACUUCGACCUGGAGCCCCAGUUUGACUGGUUGGUGGUCAAAGAUGAAGGUCUGUCUGAGCCAACAACGUUUGGGACGUUCUCUGGCAAAGAUGUUCCGUCACAGAUCGCCUCAAACGGACACAUGAGACUGGAAUUUCAAUCUGAUCACUCUAACACUGGAAAGGGCUUCAAUAUCAGCUACACCACAUUUGGUCAGAAUGAAUGUCAUGACCCAGGAGUUCCUGUCAAUGGACAGAGGUACGGUGACCAGUUUCAGCUUGGCAGUUCCGUAGCUUUUCGUUGUGAUCAAGGCUUCAUUAGGACACAGGGGUCUGAUCAAGUGACUUGCAUCAUCCAGGAAGGAAACGUUGUUUGGUCUGCAGCUGUACCUCGCUGUGAAGCCCCGUGUGGAGGCCAUCUCACAGCUCCUACGGGUGUUCUGCUUCCUGGAUGGCCUUCCUUUUAUAAAGACUCUCUGAACUGCCAGUGGGUGAUUGAAGCACAUCCAGAUCAUGCUGUGAAGAUACAUUUUGACAGGUUCCAGACUGAGGUCAACUAUGACACACUGGAAAUCAGAGACGGCCCCUUGGCCUCAUCUCCUCUGAUCGGCGAAUACCACGGCACCCAAGCACCUCAUUUCCUGAUUUCCACGUCCAACGUCCUGUUCCUGUUGUUCACCACAGACAAUAGCCGCUCUGCAGCCGGCUUCAGCAUCAGAUAUGAAAGUGUGAAAAUGGAGUCAGACUCUUGUCUUGAUCCAGGAAUCCCAGUCAAUGGUCGUCGCCAUGGCAGCAGCUUUUCCAUUGGCUCCCGGGUCUUUUGUGACCCUGGAUACACACUGAGUGAUCAGGAGCCAAUUGUUUGUGAGCAGAAUCAUCAGUGGAGUCACGCUCUUCCCAGUUGUGAUGCCCUCUGUGGAGGGUAUGUCUACGGUAAAACAGGGACCAUUCUAUCUCCUGGCUUUCCUGACUUCUACCCAAAUUCCCUUAACUGCACCUGGACUAUCGAGGUGUCUCAUGGCAAAGGAGUCCAUCUGGUUUUCCACACCUUCCACCUGGAGGAGAACCACGACUAUCUCUCCAUAAUUGAAGAUGGAAACUUCCUGGAUCCAGUGACUCGACUCACUGGCUCGGUGCUUCCCCCAAGUGUCAAAGCAGGGCUCUUUGGGAACUUCAGCGCUCAGCUACGUUUCAUAUCGGAUUUUUCUAUGAGUUAUGAAGGCUUUAAUAUAACUUUCUCAGAGUACGACUUGGAGCCAUGCGAGGAUCCUGGCGUACCUGCGUACAGCAGGAGGAUGGGCUUCAGGUUUCAAGUUGGCGACUCACUGGCCUUUUCUUGUUUCCAUGGCUACCGACUGGAGGGAGACAGCAAAAUCACCUGUCUGGGUGGAGGCAGGCGUGUCUGGAGCAACACACUACCACGAUGUAUAGCGGAGUGUGGAGCCUCCUCUCUGGGACCUGAAGGCGUUCUCCUCUCUCCUAACUUCCCUUCAAACUACGAUAACAACCACGAGUGUAUCUAUCGCAUCAUCACUGAAAAGGGCAAAGGAAUCCGGCUGAGAGCCGAGAGCUUCUCGUUACAAGAUGGAGACUAUCUCAAGGUGUAUGAUGGAGAGAAUACUUCAUCCCGUUUCCUUGGUAACUUUACGCAUGAUAGCAUGACGGGAAAUGUGAUCAACAGUACGUCCAACCGCUUGUGGCUGGAGUUUAACAGCAACGCCUCGGGGACGGAGCAGGGAUUUCGCCUCACUUACACAAGUUUUGACCUUGUACGCUGUGAGGAACCAGGCAUCCCAAGUUACGGCUAUAAGAUCCAGGACGAUGGUCAUUUCGCCAACACUUUUGUCUUGUACUCCUGUAACCCUGGAUACAGUCUUCAUGGCAGCAGUACACUGACCUGUCUGAGCGGAGAUAGGCGUGUCUGGGACAAACCACUUCCUUCCUGUAUCGCGGAGUGUGGAGGUCAUAUAACUGGAGCAGUGUCUGGACGGAUUCUGUCUCCGGGAUACCCUGCUCCAUAUGACAACAACCUGCACUGUACCUGGACUAUAGAGGCUGACACAGGCAAGACUAUCAGCCUUCACUUCAUCGUCUUUGACACUGAAAUUGACCACGACAUUCUGAGAGUUUGGGAUGGUCCAUCCGGGCCAUCAGACGGGGGGAUCCUGUUGAAGGAAUGGUCCGGACCUGCCUUACCUGAAGACAUCCACUCGACUUUCAACAUACUCACACUGCAGUUUGAUUCUGAUUAUUUCAUCAGCAAGCAAGGAUUUUCUAUACAGUUCUCCACAACUACAGCUACAACCUGCAAUGACCCAGGGAUCCCUGUCAAUGGUUCCCGAUAUGGGGACAGUAAGGAGCCUGGAGACAGCAUGACGUUCCAGUGUGAUCCAGGGUACCAGCUGCAGGGCCAAGACACCAUCACAUGUGUACGGAUGGAUAACAGAUUCUACUGGCAGCCUGACCCUCCAACAUGUGUCGCAACAUGUGGAGGGAACGUCAGUGGCCCUUCAGGAGUGAUUCUGUCCCCUAACUACCCCCAGCCAUACCCCGCUGGGAAGGAGUGUGAUUGGAGAAUCAGAGUAAACCCUGACUUUGUCAUUGCACUCAUCUUCAAAAGUUUCAACAUGGAGCCAAGCUACGACUUCCUACACAUCUACGAGGGUGAAGACUCUAAUGGGCCGUUACUAGCAAGUCUCCAAGGCAACCAGGCCCCGGAGAGGAUAGAGAGCAGCAGUAACAGCCUCUUCCUUGCAUUCAGAUCUGAUGCCUCACUGGGCAUGUCUGGUUUCGCCAUCGAAUUCAGAGAAAAACCAAGAGAAGCCUGUUUUGACCCUGGUAACAUUAUGAAUGCCAGCAGAACAGGUUAUGACUACAAACUGGGAUCUCAGGUCUCCUACAACUGUCACCAUGGCUACACAAUAGUGGGCGGAGAAACCAUCACCUGUGUCAUGGGAAAUGAUGGCAAGCCAGUGUGGGACAGUGGUCUGCCGUCAUGUAAAGCUCCAUGUGGUGGGCAGUAUGGAGGAUCUGAAGGAGUUGUUUUAUCACCAAACUAUCCUUUAAACUACACCACGAGACAGACGUGUUCCUACCAAAUCGCCGUGUCCCCACAGUUUGUGGUGUUCGGCCAGUUUGCCGUUUUCCAGACAGCAAUGAACGACUCAGUGGAGCUCUUUGACGGAGCCAAUGAGAACGCUCGAUUGCUCAGCUCCCUGGCUGGGUCACAUUCAGGGGAGACAUUGCCAUUGGCAACUUCCAAUCAGAUCAUGCUGCGGUUCAAUGCUAAGAGUGGCCAGUCAGCUAGAGGUUUCCACUUCGUCUACCAAGCUGUUCCUCGUACAAGUGACAGUCAGUGCAGCUCAGUUCCAGAGCCUCGGUACGGCAGACGCAUUGGAUCAGAGUUCUCAGCUGGCUCUGUGGUUCGCUUCGAGUGCAGCCCAGGUUAUCUGCUGAAAGGGUCCAGUGCCAUCCGGUGCCAGGCUGUGCCUGGUGCUCUCGCACAGUGGAAUUCAACAACACCAUCAUGUAUUGUCCCCUGCAGUGGCAAUUUAACUGAACGUCGAGGUACCAUACUGUCUCCUGGCUAUCCUGAACCUUACCCAAACAGUCUCAACUGUCUGUGGAGGAUACAUGUUAGUGAAGGGGCUGGAAUACAGAUUCAAGUGAUGACGUUUGGGACUGAGCACAACUGGGACUCUCUGGAGAUCUACGACGGAGGAGACAUGACAGCUCCUAAAUUAGGGUCAUUUUCUGGAACCACUGCUCCCGCCCUCCUCAACUCAACGUCCAAUCAGCUUCUUCUUCACUUUCAGAGUGACAUCAGUGUGGUGGCAGCAGGUUUUCAUCUAGAAUACAAAACUGUUGGUCUCACCACUUGUCCAGAGCCGAUGAUUCCAGCCAACGGUAUUAAAGCAGGGGACAGAUAUAUGGUCAAUGAGGUGGUGGCAUUCACCUGUGAAGCUGGAUACACAUUACAGGGCCACUCCCACAUCUCCUGCAUGCCCGGGACUGUGCGAAGAUGGAACUACCCACCUCCUCUUUGCAUAGCUCGUUGCGGCGGGAUGUUGUCAGAGAUGAGCGGUGUCAUCCUUAGUCCAGGUUUCCCUGGCAACUAUCCUGGCAACCUGGACUGCACCUGGCAAAUCACCCUGCCAACUGGAUAUGGAGCCCAUAUUCAGUUCCAGAACUUCUCCUCUGAAGACAACCACGACUUCCUAGAGGUCAGGGCUGGACCACAGCACAGCUCUGCUCUCAUUGGACAGUUCACAGGCUCACUGAUCCCACCUGCUUUACUGAGCACCACCCACCUGACGGUCAUCCACUUCUACAGUGACCACUCAGAGAACAGGCAGGGCUUUAAGCUGACGUAUCAAGCCUAUCAACUUCAAAACUGCCAAGACCCCUCUCCUUUUCCCAAUGGUGACAUCAUAAAUGGUGACUACAGCGCUGGCCAAUCAGUGACUUUCCAGUGUCACCCUGGUUAUGUUUUGAUUGGACACCCUGUACUGACGUGCCUGCAUGGGACAGACAGAAAGUGGAACCAUCCAUUUCCACGCUGUGAAGCUCCUUGCGGCUAUAAUGUCACGGCUGAAAAUGGGACCAUCUAUUCACCACAGUACCCCAAUGAAUACCCAAACUCCCAGGACUGUAGCUGGCUCAUCACUGUUCCCCACGGACAUGGAGUUUAUAUUAACUUUACCUUACUGCAGACAGAGCCCGUCACAGAUUACAUCGCUGUCUGGGAUGGUCCUGAAACAUCAAGUCCUCAGCUAGGAGUCUUCAGUGGCAACACGGCGUUAGAGUCUGCCUACAGCACCAGCCUCAUGGUUCUGAUCCGCUUUCACUCGGACUUUUCGACUGGAGGGUUCUUCAUCCUCAACUUCCAUGCCUAUCGUCUGAAGAAAUGCCCUUCUCCGCCUGUUGUGGAUAAUGCUGAGGUGAUCUAUGAAGAUGAAGACUUCCAGAUAGGUGACAUUGUGAAGUACCGCUGUUUACCUGGAUACACUCUGGUGGGAAAGGCGGAGCUUAUGUGUAGACUCAAUUCCCAUUUGCUUUUUGAAGCGCCAUCCCCAACAUGUCAAGCCCAAUGCCCGGCCAAUGAGGAGCGGACUUCUUCAUCAGGGGUUAUACUAAGUCCUGGGUUUCCUAGCAACUACCCAAACAGUCAAACAUGCUCCUGGCUGCUACAUAUGGUUCCAGGUUACACCAUCAAUAUCUACGUUGAGAUGUUCCACAGCGAGAAACAGUUUGAUGAACUGGAAAUCUUUGACGGAUCCUCAGGACAAAGCCCUUUGCUUGUUGCUUUAAGUGGUAACCACUCAUCUCAGCUGAACUUCACAUCAAAAACAAACCAGCUCUAUCUACGAUGGUCCACUGAUCACGCAACCAACAAGAGAGGAUUCAAGAUACGAUACUCAGCUGCCUACUGUAGCAUCAAUGAUCCCCCAGCCAAUGGAGGCGUGGUCAACCGGACUAAACUCCGCCCAGGUAGCAGACUACAAUUCUACUGUAAUCAUGGUUUCCACCUGGUAGGUUCAAGCAAUUCCACCUGCAGGCUCCACUCUAAUGGGCUUUUCCAGUGGGAUGCACCACCACCGUUUUGUCAAGCUGUUUCGUGUGGGAUCCCUCAGACACCAGGCAACGGCAGCUUCCAUGCUAACCAGUACACUGUUAGUAGCCAGGUGACCUACCACUGUAACGAGGGUUACCACCUUGACCCUGGUGCUACAAUGACAGCAGUGUGUUUGGAGGAUGGCAGCUGGAGUAAUGCAGCCUCAGCACCAAGAUGUCUACCAAUCCACUGCCCCAGUGUCGAAGGCAUCCUGUCAGAUCACAUGGCCCACCGCCUGCUCUCUGGUAGAUUAGCAGAGUUUGGGUCCAUGGUGAUGCUGGAAUGUUCUACAGGGUACUAUCUAGGGGUGGGACAUCGGACUCUUCGCUGCCUUUCCAAUGGGACUUGGGAGGGGUCAGAUGACCCAGCUACAUGCAAAAUCAUUUCCUGUGGUGAGCUUCCUUCUCCACCUUUUGGAACUAAACUUGGGACGUUGACAACAUUUGGAGCAACUGCAAUCUUUAUGUGUAACCAUGGCUACACGCUGGUGGGGUCACAUGUCAGAGAGUGCGGCGCUAACGGGCUGUGGAGUGGAGCUGAGACCAGGUGUUUAGCCGGUCACUGUGACUCCCCAGAUCCUAUAGUCAAUGGCCACAUUAGUGGAGAUGGCUCUAGUUACCGUGACACAGUGGUGUACCAGUGCAUGUUAGGGUAUCGGCUUAUUGGCACAUCAGUUCGGAUCUGUCAACAAGACCAUCGUUGGUCUGGAACAACGCCCGUCUGCGUCCCUAUUACUUGUGGUCACCCCGGCAACCCAGCCAACGGGCGAACCAAUGGCAGCGAGUUCAACCUCAAUGAUGUUGUCAACUUCACCUGUAACAGAGGUCACGUCCUGAGUGGAAACGCUCGAGCUCAGUGCCGACUCAACGGACAAUGGAGCAGCCCCCUGCCUGUCUGCAAAGUGGUGAAUUGUUCGGACCCGGGCCAUGCGGAGAACGGUGUGCGCCAGUCUGGCCUACGUUACCCAGAAGUCUUCAGCUAUGGAGUAUCAGUGGCGUUCCACUGUAAAAGAGGCUUCUACCUCCUGGGCUCUGCAAUCCUCACAUGCCUUCAUGAUGGACGAUGGGAUCGACCAAUACCCCGCUGCCUAGCUAUUUCCUGUGGUGACCCCGGUGUACCCCCUAGUGCCGCAGUAUUCGGGACUCGCAGCUGGACGUAUGGUUCAGUGCUGCAGUACUCCUGUCUACCAGGAGGGUUGUUGGUGGGAAACAAUUCCCGCCACUGUCAGGAGGAUGGCACGUGGAGUGGACCACCACCGUAUUGCACUGGUGCAAGUCCAGGAGUCUGUGGAGACCCAGGGAUCCCUCCCCAUGGUGCUCGUCUUGGAGGGGAAGAAUUUAAAACCAAGAGCCUGCUGCGUUUCAGCUGUGAGGCAGGUUACAGUCUGACUGGCUCAGCUGAGAGAACCUGCCUUCACAAUGGCACCUGGAGCGGCACGCAGCCUGUCUGUCAAGCUGUAUCUUGCGGUAACCCUGGCACACCUGCACACGGCAGGAUCGUCUUCAGCGAUGGCAUCACUUUUGGCAGCUCGGUGGCUUAUGCAUGCUGGGAAGGUUUCAAAACAUCAGGCCUGACCACCAGACACUGUACAACAAAUGGGACAUGGACGGGACAACCCCCGGAUUGCGCUGUGAUCAGUUGUGGAGAUCCAGGACCAGUAGCCAAUGGGAUCUAUCUUGGACGUGAGUUUUCCUUCAACCACACUGUGAUCUACCACUGUAACCCCGGUAACCUGAUGGAGCCACUUGGGCGCAACAUCCUGCACUGCACUAAAGAGGGAACCUGGAACCAGACUAAACCCAGUUGUAGAGUGAUCCAGUGUGGACUUCCUCCUCAAGUGCAUCAUGGGAAAGUGGAAGGAACUGACCAUUCAUGGGGAUCAAGUGUUAGCUACAGUUGUUUUCAUGGUUACCAGUUGUCCACUCCUGCUGUGUUAUCGUGCGAGGGGAACGGGACGUGGACAGGAGACAUCCCACAGUGUCUGCCUGUCCUGUGUGGCGACCCUGGAUCUCCUGGAGGUGGAUUCAGAGAGGGAAACAUCUACUCCUACCGGUCUGAGGUCAGAUUCUACUGCCAUGCCCCCUACUUGCUGGUUGGCUCUGCUGCAAGAGUUUGUCAAGCAGAUGGGAUUUGGAGCGGCCAGCAACCAGCCUGUAUAGACCCAGCUUUCAACAGCUGCCGUGAUCCUGGAACUCCUGCCUAUGGUAUCCCCAUCAUGGCCCAGGGAUUUCAGGUUGGCAGUAAGAUUGCUUUCAAGUGCCGUAAGAACUACCACAUCCUCGGUUCAACCACGAGAACGUGCCUUGAAAACCUCACUUGGAGUGGAACGCAACCUGAGUGCAUAGCCCAUUCCUGCAGACAGCCAGAAACCCCCAGUAAUGUAGAUGUUCGAUCUAUGGACCUGCCUACCUUGGGAUAUACGUUGAUCUACACCUGUCAAGAUGGAUUCUAUCUGGCUGGAGGAUCAGAGCACAGAACCUGCAAAAGUGAUGGGAGAUGGUCGGGCAAACCCCCGCUCUGUAAAGUUGGUGUAAAAGUCAAUCCCAAAGGCAGAGGAGAGUCAGAUGUCCAGAAGAACAAGAUUCGAGUUCCAGUCGACGUGUUCUCUCCAAACUCAGAGUGGAGUGGUUUUUAUGAGUAUCUCGGUAAGAGACAAGCCACCACGUUUACUGUUACUGGAUUCAACGCUACCAGCAGCAGAGUUAACGUCACAUUACUGGAGACCAGCGGGGUGUCAAUCAGACUGUCAGGUACCUAUAAGUCAGAGGAAAACCAGCUACUGUUGAAGGUCUAUCAGGUGAAGGGACCCACAGAACAUUCUCUCAGCAAGUUUAAAAAUGACAACUGGGCCAUGGAUGGAUAUGUUACAGCAGAAUCAGACCAGAAGACUUUUGUCUAUCAGGGACACAUUCACAGUAAAGACUUCGGCAAGUUCCAUCUGACGAGACAAGGCCCUGUAACCAUGGCAAUGGACCCAUCUAACCCCUACACAAACAGCAGCUCUGUGGCAGCAGCCAUCUUAGUUCCUUUCUUUGCCCUCAUCCUGUCGGGAUUUGCCUUCUACCUCUACAAGCACAGGACGCGCCCCAAGGUCCAGUUCAAUGGCUAUGUCGGCCAUGAGAGCUCCAAUGGCCAGGCGUCGUUUGAAAACCCAAUGUAUGACACUAACAUGAAGCCUACCGAGGCUAAGGCAGUACGGUUCGAUACCACACUGAAUACAGUCUGCACGGUAGUAUAGUCCAACAUACCCCGCCACUACCUGCACAGUGGUUCAGGCCAACCUCUGCGGUGUGGUUCAACCAAACAGGAAAGAACAAACUUAUGAUUUGGACUCGUCACCGUGAGCAGACUGCGCUGUAGCUUGCUGGUCCUCUGUCAGCAUAACCUGCGCAGUGAAGCAGCUCUGCUCCCCCACCUACCUGAACAAUGGUAUCAACUCUCCCUGUAGUCUGAAAGAGUGGGAACCAAGAGAAAGGGAGUCGAUAACGACAAUGGAUAACAUUAAGAUAUGUUGUUCAGGGGAUCAGCGCUGGGUCAGGAAAUCCUCUUAAGCAUAUUCAGAGAUCCAUAGAGAGACGGUUCAAACAACUUGAACCUCUUCCAAGGUCAGCAACCAUAUACAAAAAGGUUCAGUGUCGGUUUAGCUAGGUAAAGUUGACCAAACCUCCGUAGGGAAAGGCCAGACACAAAUUGCUUCCCAAUACCCUCCCUCUAACCUAAAUAGUGUAUUUCCCUCAACUUAAACCCCAUCCACAUGACAAAUUUUGCACAGUGGUAUAGGCUUACUAACUCCCCUGCUGCAGGUCAGACAUGGGUUUCUACCCCAUUCAGGGUUCUACCCUCAGGGGAAGCACAUAGACUAUUCCACCCUGUUCCAGAUGUUGAAAAGAAAUUGGAUUGUUGCUUUAUAUAUCAACACAAAAACCAUCAUUGGUACUGGACCAAAAACCUCUCACUGGACUUCCAUCACACUGGUCUUGACAGGACGUGACCCUGAUGCAAUGACAGCUUUAGUCUGUUGUAGUGGAAAACAAUAUUGAUUCUGCAGACUGCCGUGAAGUUGACCACCACAUGCAGUUAAUGCAAUGACACUUUGAACCAGUCUUAUUUCUUUAAAGAAACCGACGCUCUAAUCCAUCACGGCAUAUUAGUUUUCAAUCUAUUCAAGCGGUGGUGGACCACAGCUAGACAAACUGGAGUCAAAUAACAUCUGCAGAUGUUUCAGUGUUGGUAGCCUGCUUGGGAUAUGUACAGUCACAGAGUUGGGUAAGUUAAGUUUUUGCUCAGUAUUGGAUUUUCAGAAAGAAGGUUCCUGUGAUUGCCUCUCCUCUUUGCCACUUACUGCAUUGCCUUUCUAUGACAGUAUCUACUUGCAGCAUUUUGUUCGGCCAGAACAUACCAAUUCAUGCAUUUGCAAAUGUUAUUUUUCCCAGGAUUAGUACAACAGUCUGUCAAAAAGCUCUAGAUGUGUUUUAGAGAUUCUUGAAUAUUCUAUUGAGGUACUUCACUCCUGUACACAUUUUUCCAUGCUAGCACAUGCUGGCAGGCUGUGCUGAACCAGAAAACAAGACAUUUGAGUUUCCGGGCUGGUGUACACAAUGGACUGGUUUCCAGAGGCCUGUCUAACACAAUCACAGAAUCAGACAACUGAUUCUUGUUCUUGGACUAGCCAGCGUUUUGUGCUUGGUGGCUGAACAAGUUGAAGCCUGGAGGCAAUAAGCUGUCAAGAUCUUCGACUGCUGCAAUCAGCUGUGGCCAAAUCCAAGAAAUGAUUUGUCUUCUUGUAACUCUGGUCGGGAUUAUCAGCCGAGAGAUGAGCGAUACUUUUCUACAGUAUACUCUCCAGCCACAAAUCACACAUAGAUGAAGAGAUUAACACACAAAGUGGUUGACUGACAGAUAUAAGACAGAUGGACACAUACAAAUGGACAGAUAGAAAACUCUGUCAGUCAAGCUGGAAGAGAGACAAGGACAGGUUGCUAUGGAAACAGAGGCAAAUAGAUGUCUCUGAAUGUCUCAUCCGACAUUUUUCUUCAGUGAAGAUAUUGAUGAACAGACUCAAUGUUCAAAAACCCAGUGGCCCCAUGGGACUUCCCAAACCACUGCUGCUGGGGAACCCCAAAAUAUAAACUUUAUAUAAACUCUUAAACCGCACAAAUUUUGCACUAGUGUGUUUUUCUGACUGGGUUAUGAAAAAAUGAAUAAUUUUUGGGUCUGAAAUGGGUUUGAAAAUGAGUCAUUCAAAAAAAGAGAAUUUUAUUCAAAAACUUCUAUCUUUAAAAAGACAACAAAAUGACUAAAUACAGGGUUACAGAGUGUUUGUAUAUACACAUUUAUAUUUCACACUCCCUGUUAGCAGUGACCACACGCUAUUUUGUUGUUAUUUUGUUGCCAUGACAACAUGCUAGCCAACCAGAAAGUUGGGAUCAGAUUGCCUGUGGACCUCUGAGUUUCUGGUGUCACAUGAUGACACAAGUUUGUUGCCAUUUCUAGGGCAGUGACUGUUUCUGAAAGCUCACACUGAGAAGUGUUAGGACAAUGAAGGUGGUAGACAACUACAUCAAAAGGUUCACAUCAAUAGUAUUCUAUUUCCCUCUCUGAGACACUGGUGCCACACUGGUUUUUAUUAUUAUUAUUUAUAGGCAUUGAACUGAACCAUUUUGUUAGAUACUGAGCAGUUUUCCUACAGAACUGUUUUCCUCAAAGACUAAAAAGUAUCUCAAGAUGAGCCUGUUUUUUUUUUUAAGUGAUCACUUGUAAUAUGAGUCGUGUGAGCUUUCAGAACAACACUCACCUCUUCACUCUUUAAAGAGAUGUGUUGCAAGUUUCCACAACUGCUCACAUUAUCAUGCAUCAUCCUCAAAGACAUUUAAUAUGCGCGAUGCACAUGAUCUUAUUCCAAUGCAUCUUUUUAAAGAGCUUUCAGCGUACAGUUGAUCUGUUUAGGAACUGGUCAUUUAAGGCAAAGGACAAACAGAUUCAGUAUGAAGACAACAUGCACAAUUAUUGUUGUCAAGAGUUAUCGUCCCCCUAGAGCCCCUCAGUUGUUUGAGAAAUACCUCGUGUGCAAAGAGAUAGUUACAUCCUGCUUAUAAAUGCUGGAACCUCACUGCAACAAAUACACAAGCUUUGCGAGUGCAACCUUGCAUUCACUUUAUUUCCUGGUGUUUUGGCUCACAAUAUCCACCCUGUGCCCAUAAGUCUGCCGGAUACAAGAAAAGUCACUAGCUUCAAAUCACUCGCCAGGCUUGUUAUUUCUUGCAGUGUUCUCUCUAAAUAUUUUUAUUUUUCAAAGAUGCUGCACUUGGUUUAGAUCACAGAUGUAACUGCUUUCAGUGUGUGUCUUGAGGUGUCUUCAGGCCUGUGUCUUGUUUGUUUCACACUCACAGAUGCACACCAUUCUGGCUUCAGGUUUUCACUUCAGGCAACUGGUCUGAUUUCUAUUUUCCAAAUGAGUUUCCCUUCAUGAUCCACAUGUUCAAUUUUUCAUUUUCAAUCCAUCAUGCUGACACUCCUGCAAACAAUAGAUCCCAAAAUCCAUUUAUUCCUGCACAUGAUAUGAAAUGUGAAUGGAACAACUGAGAGUCAGAUAAUGACAGUUACAACAGAUGAAAUGAUGAUAUAGUCCAUAAAACACAUUUAAUAUUCCGGUGUAAUAGUCCAGUCUGAAACCAAUUUCACUCAAAUUAUAGAACAGAUUUUCCCUAAAUCUCAAAUAGUGGAAAAAAAAAAUUGCCAUGAGAAGGUUGUCACAUCCAACUAUUUUGAAGGAAGUGAGAAUGAAUUGACAAGCAAAUUGCAGUUUCAAUUUAGAUUUUCAGCUCAUUUAAUUGAAAAUGAGUCUACUCCAGACCUGAAUGUUGCAGUGAAGUGCCCUGAAACAAUAGUGAUUAUGUUGGGAAGCAUGACUUCAGGAUAUUGCAAGAAUUAUAAUAUUCAUUGUUAGUCUGUUUUUCACAGACUCCGUGUCAGUGGCCAUGGCCAAAUGGCAGCAACACGUACACCAGUGUGAGGCUCAGAAAAUAAUGAUAUGUAGAUGUAGCUUUCAGUGACAACAAGGCAGACGGCACAUUCAAAAUCUCUCCACAGAAAUAGCUCGGCAGCUGUAAACAACAGUAGAGUGUCUACUCACGAGAUAGCGGGCCACCCCUCUAUGCUGGAGUGCACCCAGUGCUUCUGUUUUAAUUGGUUUAAUUAAUUCAGUCGAGAUUUCCUAUGGAGUCAAGAGAGCAUAAUGGAGCCUGAAAAUUAGAGGCUGCAAGGUUUCCACAGGCGUGAUAAAAGGUCUAAUUCUUAACAAUUAAUGACACACAUCUGAUCUCCUACUGCACCAAAACAAGGAAACGUCGACUCCACAUUUUCCAUAUUUAGUCUGGUGUUAAAAGAUGAGAGUGGUACUACAGUGUCUGGAUUACAGCAGGUGCAGGUAUUCCCACAUGCAGCUAUAGAUGCAAGUCAACAUCAGAAAUCUCUUCAUACCGCACAGUGUUUUUGUUUUUUUCUCCUUUCUUGUACCUGGAUUCAAGGAAGCUUAGGCUAAAAAAUAUGCUGAGUCAUGAUGGAAAAAAAAAAGGACCUUUCCUGAUGCAACAAGAUAAUAUGUUUGGUUAAGCUAUUCCUUUUAUGUUUGCUGGAAAUGUAGAAAAGACAAUGAGGAAGCUGCUCCUAUUGUAAGGCUCUAACAGUGAUAUCUGCCCACUGAGAGACUAGUGUUGCUUCAAAUUUCAGCUAGCUGUUAAAAAUGAGAUGCAUAUUAUCAUUUCAAAUAUGACACAUCCUCCCUUUUUCAAGAUGCCUUGACAAUCUGAAUAAUAUUCUAUUUCACACAGAUGUUCUUUUUCUAAUAGUAUGGGUAAAAGUUUCUGCGUUUGUCCUUUAUUUGCCAUUGUCAGCAGUCCUAACUAUUUAAAAGAGUGACUGCUGGCUACAAGUUACAAAAAGAGACUAGGAAAUUCUAAAAUGCCAAGGUUGUUUCUGCUUCUUAUCAGAGACUUUUCACUGUUUCUGAAGAAGUUUCCACAUUUUUCCCUCACCUUCAGGUAUCAUCAGCGUUUUGCAUUGAAAAAAAAAGGGUACUGCAGGCUGAAAAAAGAGCAUCUAAAAUGAUAUGUUGCGCAUUCCUUGUUAGCAUCACAUGGCAGCAAUGAGCAUUUUUCCAAAUAGUAUUAGAUGAGCAUAUUCAAUAUGGCUUUUAAUAUACUGUAUAUCUUAAUCAAAUUAAGAUAAGGUCAUAUAUUCAUUUGAACCUUGGUCCCCUGUUGCUGUACUUUUCUGAUAGGAAUUCUGUAUCCUAAUUCAUUGUUAGUCCUGCUUAUAGGCCAUGUGACCUGUAGAUUGGUCUUUAACAGUGCUGCAGUCAGGGGCAUGUCCAGACUCACUUGACUGGGGUGGCCUAACUUGGGCACUUCCUAAUGCAGAGGUUGUUCGUGUGAACACAACAAUAAAUAGCAUUUAUCUACACAGUUCCCAUUAAACAUAUCGACUUUAACUACUAAUAAGUAUCCUAUGAGUGUUAUAUUCCUAUGUAUAAUUAUUUAUUUUUAAAAAGUGAUAGAACAGACUGGCAACAUGUAAAUCUUCUGAAUUAAAUUCUUAUCAUACUUUAUAGGAAGAUGUUUAUCCAAAGGACACAAUUUAAAUUACCAACAAAAGGAAAUGUGCUUCACUGAAAUGCAAUCAAAGCUAUGAGCAGCCGAAACACUCGCAAACAGCUGAUUUUAACACAAGUUGUGCUUUUGACAAGGCAAACAGAUAAUUAUAGUGAAGAGUUUUGGAUCGGUAUCAGGGUUAGCCAAUCAAAUUCCAAAGAGGGCCCACGCAACCCAUCUGGAACCCCAGGCCUUAAAUUGCUUGAUAGAAAUCUUGUGUGUGUGUGUGUGUGUGAACCUUCUCCACAGGAUAUGCACACAUAUUUUAAGAUAUCUUGGCUACUGUAGUUUCAGGUUGUAGUGUAAUGGAUUUGAAAUACCCAGCAUAAAUAUUAAUUUGCCCUUGACAAAACUUUGGAUCACCUUCUUCUUAAUAAAUUAAAAAAGGAUUGGACAAACUUCUCAUGCCAUACGUUUAAAAUUACAGCUGUGAAGAUAAACUUCAUCCUGGUGGGCCUGAAUUUAAUGUGAGCUGACUGCAGCUAUGUGUAGAUGGGAUGAGUAGUUGUCAUUUUGCCACAUUGCUCUUCUAGAUUGGGGCAGCAUACAAAGAUGAGCCACUUCCACACAUUGCAGCAACCAGAUGCUUUCUCAGCAACACGUAUUGACAUACAGUAUCUCAGUUUGUUCCUUUUUUGUAUUUUGUUAUGCUGAUGCCACAGAGCUAUGUUGGGAAGCGGCAACACCUUGCCAGAAAGUCGCCAUCAUCAUCAUCAUCACGUUUGUUCAAAGCCUCACAAUCAUUAUCACCGCUGUCCUCCCUCGCCAUCAUCAUGUGCUGCUGAACUUGAAGUAGGUGCAAAAGAACAAAAAAAAGUUUUGUACAGAAAUCUAUUUUUUAUGGAGAGUUUGUAAAAAAAAACAACAAAUUAUUAAACAUGCUGUACUUUUUAUGAUAAAUGAUGUAGGUACAACGAAAUCUUGUUCAUGAAAGUCAAUGUUUUUACUGUUACACACCAUGUAAAAAUCUAUGGUUCAAACUGAGUAUCAAAUAUCCAAAUGUCAUAUAAUCUCUUGUGUCCGUUACGGCUGCUUCUACACAGGAACAGAAAAACCUGCAGUAUGUGACCCAGCGUUAAUGUACUCUGUGCUGAAGAGAUCAUUUUCUCUGGGUCACAUCUCAUUCUAAUGUCAUUUAAAAUGAUGUGUCUGUUUCAACUCCUCUUCAGCUUGGGGCUGGAAGAUUCAGUGCCAGUACAUAUUAUGUAUAAUACAUCAUACAUACAACAACAUUAAGUGGCUUUUUAUGCAGCAGCUUUUGGUGGUCUCUCACAUUAAGACACUUUAUUGGUUUAGGAUCCAUACUUUAAAUUGAACAUACCAGACGGUUAGUGUCAUAAUGUCAUACACAGUACUUUUAGAUGAGUAGAGACCGACACUUCCUUUUAAAACAUUACGUUUUUGUGUAACAGCAGCCCUGUGUGGCUGAUCCUAAUGUCUAUAUCUUGAGGGAUGACUUCCACAGGCACAAAAGAUUUUGGAUGACUUGACCCCUUUAAGGCCCAAAAUCUGACCUUGUGUCCGUCUGAACGAGAGGGAGUCUGGUCCUCCUCAUUCAGACAUUAAGGGUUGAGAGAAGAAAAUAAAAUUGUGAUCAAAUUAGGCUCUAGCAGCAGCAUUUGCAAAUGAGCAACAGUGUUUGGGGCUACUAAAGUGACUGAUAAACAUGAACAUGACUGGUACCUAUUUGAAUUAAAGGAUGGAAAAUGUCAUUUUACUGUCAAAGUAAUUAUGAAAGUGGAAGUACAGGGGGUGUUAUAAAGGGUUUGACAACAGAUACUGUAUGUGAAUACAGCCUCACAACCUGCUGUUAAGAGACUCACAGUUUAUCUAUCAGAUAUUUUGAAAACAUUAUUUGAGAAUAAAGUUUUUGAUACAAUAA